CGUAAUUGUCUCUUUUGGGGCAUUUUUUAACAUUGUUUUGACACGUUUGUACGUUUUUGCUUUCUGAAAAUGUUAUACAUCUAUUCUGCUGUCCGUGGUAGAACCCGAACGGACCUCGAGAGCUGGAGCUUAGCCGAUUGAUGAGCUUCCGGUAGCCAAACGGCUAGUACGCAGCAACAUACACAGCAUCAGACAGAUCUGUCUACCUUAAAUGGAGACUUAUUGAGAUUACUUUAAGCGCAAAUGAAGUACUUUGAAUAUAAUUAGUGUCUCCGAACAAGCGGAGGAACAGUAAGAUGGAUGCAAGGGAAGCUCCUUCCCAGAGGCCUGACACGUUGGACAUCACAGACGAUGCCGACCCUGCAGCCUCAUCUUCAGAGCCGGCAGCACCCGGCAGCUUGGCCCCCUUCAAGGACAACAUUCUGGCCCUGGAGGACAGCAUUGAUCUGGGAGGAGCAGAGUUUGCGACACCCCACGAGGACAGCAGCGCCACCCCCUCAGAGAGCCUGAUGGACAGGUUGAACGACCAAAUGAUGGAAAGCGUCAUGAUUUCUGAUUCACCUAACAACAGCGAGGAAGAGGAUGUGGCUCCCAUCGACUCAUUUCUGGAUAGAGGGGAAGAUGAGAGAGCAACUGAAAAGGAUGAAGGGAAAGAGGCUGAGAUGAUACAGGGGACAACUGAUACAAAGAUUUUUGUGGAGCAGCAGAACAACAUAUGUUCAGAAGAGGGCCCAACAGAGCAGAUGAAUACACCAGAGGAAUCCAAAGACAUUGUUUCACCGCAAAGUGACAAUGAGAGUUUGUAUGUUAGUGGAUGUGAGGAACCAGAAUCUCAGUCACCCCAGGAGACAGAAUCAAAAGACCAGCCUGUGCCGGUGUGUACAAUCUUCAGCCAGAGUGCACAGCCUAAGUCACUGGUGGCUGAUGGCUUCAAACCCACCCUGAUCAAAUCCCCCAGUUUUAGCAUGGGAAGCGAUGGAGCCAAUGAGGACACAGCGACCCCUCAUAAGCAGAACAUUCCACUAAUGUGUCAGCCAAGCCCUAGUCUCAGUAAAUUCUUCACUGACAACGGGCAGGUCAAUCCAGCCUCUGAUUUUUUUGAUUCUUUUACCACCCCUUCCUCCUUCAUCUCCAUUUCCAACCCAAAUGCAGAGGUGCCUCCUGGGACUGGAAUGGCAGCUGGAGCUCCUACAGCUGAGCACCAGCUGUCCUCCACAUCCUCCUCCAUCUCCACCCCAGGUGGGAGUUUGAACUCUGGUCCUGUUCCCAACCCAAUGUUUUUUCUUGAUCCUAAUGAACAAAGCACCAAGCCCCAUGUCCUCCCAACCCAGACAGCCCCACUUCCCACUCAGUCCCCUGUCUCAACUCCAACAUCACAAGAGCAACCCUUUAACCAGCUCCAGGCUGUGUUUUCAGGCACAGACGACCCGUUUGCAACUGCACUUAGCUUGAGUGAGGUGGAUAGGCGCCAUGAUGCUUGGCUGCCAAGUGAGGAAACCAGGAAGGUGUUGAUUUCAGUGGCCACCCAGCAGUAUAGCCCUGCCUAUGUGGAGAGCAGCAGACUUACCAUGCCUGGUCUAAAGUUUGACAACCUGCAGGUGGAUGCUGUGAAGGACUUAAUGCUUCGUUUCGUGGGCGAGCAAGCAGCAAUGAAGCGUCAGGUCCUCACCGCCAGCUCUGUGGAGCAGUCCUUCAAUGGCCUCAAACAGCUCGUUAGCAGCAAGAACUGGCGAGCAGCAGUGGAUCUGACGGGACGGCUGCUGACAGCUCAUGGUCAAGGAUACGGCAAGGCCGGCCAAGCGGCGUCUCACACCACCGACUCUCUGCAGCUCUGGUUUGUACGCCUGGCUCUGUUCACCAAGCUGAACCUUUUCCAAAAUGCUGAGCUAGAGUUUGAACCCUUUGGCAACCUGGAUCAGCCAGACCUGUAUUACGAAUACUACCCAGCUGUUUACCCCGGGAAGAGAGGCUCGAUGGUUCCGUUCUCCAUGCGGCUGCUGCACGCUGAGCUCCCCCAGUACCUGGCCAAGCCCCAGGAGGCUCUGGACCGCCUUCACCACCUAGAAACGAUCUGCCUCGCUAUUUUAGAUAACCUGGAAAAGGGCUUGGCUGAAGACGGCAGCAUGGUCACCUUAACACAGGAAAACAGGCAAGCGUCUCUAAAGCUGUGGAGGUCUCGUCUCAGCCGGGUCAUGUACUCCAUGGCCAACUGCCUGCUGCUGAUGAAGGACUACGUCCUGGCAGUGGAGACCUAUCGCUCCAUCGUCCAGUAUGAACCCCAGCAGAGAGUGCAGCUGCUCAGCGGGAUCGGGCGCAUCUUCCUGCAGAUUGGAGAUGUUAAAAUGGCGGAGAGGUUCUUCCAGGACGUGGAGAAAGGCUGCCAGAAAGGUGGACCCCUCUCUGACACCACAUGUGUGUUAAUGAACAGGGCGUUUGUCUACCUCAGCCAGAACAACUACACUGAGGCGCACGCAACGUUCCUGGAAGUGCUCAAGAUUGACCCCACAAACCCAGUGGCAAACAAUAACGCAGCCGUGUGCCUGCUGUACCUGGGCCGGCUGAAGGAGUCCUUGGGCCAGCUGGAGGGCCUGGUGCAGCAGGACCCCGCCUCCUACCUUCAUGAAAGCGUGCUCUUCAACCUGACCACCAUGUAUGAGCUGGAGUCGUCCCGCAGCACUCAGAAGAAGCAGGCUCUGCUGGAAGCCGUGGCCUGCAGGGAGGGGGACAGCUUCAACACGCAGUGCCUCAAGCUGGCCUGAGACGCUGGAGGGGGGGACCCGCACGGCCGGUCCGCCGAGAAGCUGCAAGCUCCGCCUCUUUUAGGGGGAGAGGGUUGCUUUAGUUUGAAGCUCUGGUUUAUCACUUUAAAAAAAGGCAUUUUGAGGGCAGAAAUAUUCCUCAGCCACACGUCACAUGCGUGUAAAAUGUUGUACAUGUUGUUUCUUGUAAAUAUGAACUAGCUGUACGUUACCCAAACCCUCACAACCACCAACCACUAUCAGGUGAGGCUCACAACAAAUCAUCUUUGUUUCACUCGUGCAGAAAUGGAAAUGUGAAAAUCGGCUUUGCCGGGGUUAUGAACUGUUGUGAUCUACGACUGUUGCUAAGCAACAGAGACAGUAUGGAUGUGCUGGGAGAGAGGGUGGUGGUCAUGUGACUGACCAUCAGCCUGUUAAUCUGGCAGCUCGUGUUCAUGUUUUACACUCCCAGCUUUUCAAAAAAAAAAAAGAUCCCCUUUCCCGUAGGUCUUUGUUUUAACCUCAGGUUGCAGUUUCCUCCUGUCUCGUGGAGUCGCUGCAUCCAGACGCUGAGAUCUGAAAGAGGGAAUUCGCUGAAACCAGAGCUUUCAUGGGCUGGGAACUGCUAGCAGCAUUAUUGUUUGUGUGUGUGGGAAACGAACACUAAAGACUGGAAACGAGCAGUAACUGAAUCACAGCCAUGAGGUGCUUAAUGGAUACUCGGGCAUAAAGCGGGUGUUGGAGCUCCAAGCUGUGUCUGUCAGAAGUGAGACGCCGUGGAGUGGAGCAGCUAAGGUGGUGUUUCAUAGAGCUAAAAUGCCUAGAUCUGACCUCAACGCAGAUCCUUUCAGCCCAGAAGCAGCGGCUGUGGUUGGGAGACGGUUGUGCAGACUCGGUCCAGUUCAUGAGUCUGCGUACGAACUGGAGUCUGAGAACAAACUGGAGCUCCAGUCCUCUGAGAACAGCUGGACUCCCGCAGAGACCCCUGCACUUCAUGAACCAAGCUCCACCAAACCUCUGGCUCUGUUCUCUCGGCUUCCUCCUGCUCUGUUCCAAUGUUGUGCAGCAUUUUUACACAAUAAAAGGGUUCUGUCCAAAUCA